CAUCAAAUCGGGAUGAAUGCGUUUCGUUUGUUGGGCCUGAAGCUAGUACAAACAGUACAAAGUGGGUCUGUGGACCAAACAUCGUCGGUCGAAAUAUUACAGACAAAACAAAAAACAGUACUGGAAAAUCAAACGAAGGGACUCAACUAAAUUACCUGUCAUAAUCUCCAAUGCUUCCAUCCCUCAGCGUGAAGUGAACUGGGGAAAUCAAACUUUUCUACGAACAACAGUCAACGGCACAAAACUACCCAACUCUCUGUCUCAACUUCAGCAGCUACCAGUCACUCAUCGGAACAGCCGCUCCGGUCCAAAGAGCACUGGACUUUGAUCGGCGACCAUGGCCGGAGUCAUCAACGUCUCCCAGUUUCCAAUCCUGCGAACAUUUUCCCGCCGCAGCAGUGUACCUGCCGGAAUCAGGACCUCCAUUCCGGCAACCAGGCCCUCCUCAUCGGAGACACCUCCGAGCUCUGGCGCCACGACGGCAGCCACUAGAGGAGAAGAACAAGAAGCAGCGCCCUCAUUUGCUGCCCCAGCCGGUUUCAAGACGCCGGAGCCAAAGAGGUUUGCUGUCCGACCAGACAAGGGUUUGGAUGUUGCCGGAGCGGCUCUCGCCCUCUUUUUCCGCCUCGGCACUGGUGUCUUCCUCAAUGGCUACUCAGUGUCUUUCGUGUCCAAAGACGAGAUUCCUGCUGAUCAAUAUGCACUAGAACUAGCAGGUUACAAAGUGAAAGAGACCUCAAAGCUAGGAACUCGUCCGGAGCAGCCAAUCAUGAUAUAUGAGUUUGAAAGCUGUCCUUUCUGUCGAAAGGUUAGGGAAAUUGUUGCUGUCUUGGAUCUUGAUGUCCUAUUUUACCCCUGCCCAAGGAAUGGUCCCAAUUUUCGCCCCAAGGCUGUUGAGUUGGGGGGCAAGCAGCAAUUCCCCUACAUGGUUGAUCCAAAUACUGGAGUUUCAAUGUACGAGUCAGAUGCGAUUAUCAAGUAUCUGGUUGAUAAAUAUGGUGAUGGACGAGUUCCUCUGAUGUUGUCGCUUGGUCUUCUAACGACUUUGACUGCAGGCUUUGCUAUGAUUGGUCGUAUGGGAAGGGGACAAUCAUAUAUUCCAUCCAAAUUGCCUCCGAAACCUCUAGAGUUAUGGGCGUAUGAGGGUUCUCCAUUCUGUAAGCUUGUCCGUGAAGUUCUCGUAGAGCUGGAAUUGCCACAUAUAUAUCGAAGUUGUGCCCGUGGCAGCCCAAAACGGCAGAUACUAUAUGCAAAAACUGGACAUUUUCAGGCACCUUAUCUUGAAGACCCUAACACAGGUGUACAGAUGUUUGAGAGUGCAGAAAUCAUUGAGUAUCUAACAGCGACUUAUGCUGCAUAAAACAACCAAACUUCUCCAUGGGAAUACCUUACUUUCCAGAGCAGCCUGCUUCACUUCACCCCAUCCUCCUGCUUUUACUAUGUACAAAUUCAUAAGUUAUUCACUAGAAAAUGCAUUGUUAAGCAAUUGCUCUGUAGCCUUGCUUGCUGCAAUAGAAUGAAGGAAGAGGUUAAUGUUGAUGUUCAGGACUAUGCAAACUCCGCUGUAUUAUACUGAAGGUAGAAAGAUUGUGAUGGAGCAUUGACAUUGAAUUCAAAACCGCAAAAUGGCUGAUAGGGAAGAAGUUUGGGGAGUGACUGCAGCCAUAGUGAUGACGACCAAUUCUGAAACCACCACAAACGACCCCAAACAGGCAGACUAAUAGAAUGCUGAUAUUAAGUUGACCUGAUCCCACCAAAGAGCAGUAACCCAAAUAUACAUUUGCGGGUCUCGAAUUUAAGGCUGCAGGCUUCGUGCAAGGAUUGCUGUUUGUCCAUUUGCGUGAAGAGUUUUGUCUUAAGGAUCCCGACUGUUUUGGCUAACUAGCAAUCUGUAACCCAUGUUUCAUACGGGUAGCAUGGCUGUAGAAUGGUCUGAUGACUCUGAUCUGCCUACAAAAGUAAAUGGAGAAGAAGAUAGAUUUGUGUUGCCGAACAAACCCAUUUCGGAAAGAGUAGUGCUGUGGUCCUCUCCAUCCAUAGUGCGGAGGUCAGGACAGGAGGGCAUAAUUCAAAGCUUACCCACAUAAUAUGCGGAAUCAGCUAAUAAUAUAAUAUCGGAACGUUCUGAAGCAGAGAAAUAAAGAGUUGUCAAAACUGAAAACACAGGACGGUGCCCUAUCAUGGAGCUGCAAUAUUGGCCAUUUUGUGUGGCAGUUAGUUCAUAGGUCACAGGCAAAGGGGAGGAAGAGGAACUCACUACAUGUGUGUCUCAAUUCUGCACAGCUCAUUUCCCACCACCACUUUUGUGUUCUUUUGUCCUCAACAUAUGGGCUACUCAUAGUGCUGUGUGAUGCUGGGGGUAAAUGGGUGAUGAUAAAUACAUGUAACUGAGCAUAUGAUUCUCAUUUAUCUUCAUUUAUCUGUUUUGUUUUUGUUUUGCCUUUCUGCCCACCUUAAUGUUCCACUUUCGGUUUGUUGUAAGCUUAACCAGUAAAAGCCUACUUCCUUCCUGAUUCUUCUGCUGUGAGCCGACCACACCAACCCAUCCUACAUUAUAUUUUGAUCCACCAAUCAUGAAGCCAUUGCAAUGGCCAUCCCUGUCUAUGAAGCACCUUUUUUAUUGUUGUCUUGGUCAUCUCUAUACUUGUGGGCACAUGACAGAUGAUAGAAUUAAGGAUUAGAAUGAGGAAGAAUAGAAGAGUCGGAGAAGAACAAAAUUAGGGAUUAGGUAUUUAGAAAAAAUUAAGGAUUGUGAGAGAAGAGGGAUAAAGGAUGAUAUGGUUUCAAUGAUUGUUCUUUUUUCCUUCCUUCAAUGAUCUCAAUCAAUCCUUAAAUAGAGUCUGACAAAAUAAAUAAAUAAUAAUCCAUUCGGGUCAUAAGACCAAUCCGCCCCUACCCGUCCAGCUAGGCUAGGUUUCUAUCAUUCCCCUCCUCUGCAGAAUCAAUAUUGCCCUCAAAGUCGAACAUAGGAUAGCUCCAUCGAAUUAUGUCGGUAUCCUCCCACAUCGCAUUCUCCGACUCCAUAUGACGUCAUCGGACCAAGCUCUCAUCUCGUAGCUUGCCACCCUGCAUACUAGAGUUGUAUUCCUCGAGGUCUUCUAAUGCACAACUACUCACACCAACAAUCAUGACAUGCAUGAAUUGAACAAACAAACACUAAGAGUAAAGGUUUUUAGGGUUUCUCGAUUUAUAGAUGCUUAAAAGUAAAGAUACGUGAUUGUAAUAAAUUGUGAACUCUAAG